CCUAUAAACAAGUCUGCAAGGUCAACUUCAGAGGAGUGCUAGGAAUAAAAUAAACCAAGGGAUGUGGAAGGAGGAGCCGGCGUCAGGAGAAUCUGGUAGAAUCCAGGCAGAAGGAACAUCAAGGGCAAAGUUCCCGGGCAGGAAGCCCUUAGAGAAGAACCGCAGGACACUUUGCCUUCAGCGAAGAGCCUGGGAAGGGGUCUGGGGAAGGGGUGGGUGUUCGAACAGGUCACUUCACUUCUUAGGGAAGGAUGAUGCCUGCAUCACAGGACUGAGGGGAGGGUUAACUGAGAUGAGGCUCGUCAAACCUCAGCACCGGGCCUGGCACGGAGAAUGUGCGCUCAGCCAACCGCGACUCUUGUCGCUCAGGGGCCAGAGCGCCCACCACUCCCUCCAGGGCCGAGGCCGGGCUGCGGGGUGCGAGGUGGGGCAGAGUGAGAAAUCCAGUCUCAGCCCCAGUCCCCCGGUCUAGGCAAGGCGGCGGGGGGAGGAUGCCGAUCCCGGUGCCCGCGUCAGGGAGGCCCCUUGCCAGCUCCCGGGCAGGACACGACCUUCGCAGGGCGGCUUUGUCCGGGCCGCGCAGCCAGGCGGGCCGGGCCUCCCGAAAGGCAGCGGGGGUGGAGCGGCCCCGGAGCUCCAGGUGCUCCGCAGCUCCCGGGCAGGGCUCGGCCGGCCCCGCCUCCAGUGCCCAGAGCAGGUGUCCCUGGCCCUCGAGGCCCCGCAUUCCACUCCUUCCUCCUGAGCCCCGCCAUCCCUUUGAUCCCGGGGUCACGGGCCCCUCCCCCGUUGGGAGGUUAAGGGCAGGAGAUGGGGCCUCAGAGCUGGGAAGAGGGGGAUGGGCUCAGGGCAGGUGACGGGACCGGGCCUUCCUGGGUGCCUGCCCCUGCUCCCUCCAGGCAUCCUGGGGGUUCCCCGGGUUCCUCCCGGGCUUGGGGGGGUGGUCGUCCGAUGCCGGGGCAGGGGCGGGGCCAGUUCUCCUCGCCCACCUCCCCCCACCCCCCUGGGGCCUCCCCGCCCCUUUGGGCUCAGCCAAGCGGAGGUGAAACCUGAACCCAGGUUGGGGGCGGGGCUGGCCUGCGCUUCCACCCCCUUCCCCUGCACCCCGGCCGGCUUCUGAAAGAGGAAGGUCGGGGUCCCCGGGCCGUUGGAACAGGGACAGCGAUGGAGCCCGCAGCCCGGGGUGGAGCCCCGCCCUGAGCGACCCGCCGGCAGCCAUGCUGCCCCGAGGGCGCCCCCGGGCGCUGGGGGCCGCGGCGCUGCUGCUCCUGCUGCUUCUGAUCGGCUUCUUCCUGUUCGGCGGGGACGUGGAGUGUGAGCGCGGCGAGCGAGGAGGCGAGCGGAGGGGCCCGGGAUCCUUCCCCUGCCCACUGACGCCACGUGUCUCUGCAGACGGGCGGCCGCGGGGGGCUGCUGCCGUCGACGGAGACCCGUCUGCGGACCGCGGGGGCCGCAACCGCUCGGACUGCGUCCCGCCGCGGCCGCCGCUGCCCAAGUGCGAGCUCUUGCACGUGGCCAUCGUGUGUGCGGGACAUAACUCCAGCCGAGACCUGGUCACCCUGGUGAAAUCUGUGCUCUUCUACAGGAAAAAUCCACUGCACUUCCAUUUGGUGACUGAUGCCAUGGCCAGGAACAUUCUGGAGAUGCUCUUCCACACGUGGAUGGUGCCCGCUGUCCGGGUCAGCUUCUAUGACGCGGAGGAGCUCAAGCCCCAGGUCUCCUGGAUCCCCAACAAGCACUACUCUGGCCUGUACGGGCUAAUGAAGCUAGUGUUGCCUGCUGCCCUGCCCCCUGAGCUGGCCCGUGUCAUUGUCCUGGACACAGAUAUCACCUUCGCCUCUGAUAUCGCAGAGCUCUGGGCACUCUUUGCUCACUUUUCUGACGAGCAGGUGAUCGGUCUUGUGGAGAACCAGAGCGACUGGUACCUGGGCAACCUCUGGAGGAACCACAGGCCCUGGCCUGCCUUGGGCCGGGGAUUUAACACAGGCGUGAUCCUCCUGCGGCUGGACCGGCUCCGGCAGGCUGGCUGGGGGCAGAUGUGGAAGCUGACGGCCACGCGGGAGCUCCUCACCCUGCCCGCCACCUCCCUGGCAGACCAGGACAUCUUCAAUGCCGUAAUCAAGGAGCACCCGGGGUUGGUGCAGCCUCUGCCUUGCGUCUGGAACGUUCAGCUGUCAGACCACACGCUGGCUGAGCGCUGCUACUCGGAGGCGUCCGAUCUCAAGGUAAUCCACUGGAACUCACCCAAGAAGCUGCGCGUGAAGAACAAGCACGUGGAAUACUUCCGCAACCUCUACCUGACCUUCCUGGAGUAUGAUGGGAACCUGCUGCGAAGAGAGCUCUUUGGGUGCCCCAGCCCGCCCCCAGCUGGGGCCGAGCAGGUGCAGCGGGCCCUGGCACAACUGGAUGAGGAAGACGCCUGCUUUGAGUUCCGGCAGCAGCGGCUCACCGUGCACCGUGUGCACGUCACCUUCCUGCCCCACGAACCGCCGCCCCCCCGGCCUCACGAUGUCACCCUGGUGGCUCAGCUCUCUAUGGACCGCUGUCCUGGGAGGUGCUCCAGCCGGGCUGACCACCGCCCUCGCCCCAGGCUGCAGAUGCUGGAAGCCCUGUGCCGGCACUGGCCGGGCCCCAUGAGCCUGGCCUUGUACCUCACAGACGCAGAGGCCCAGCAGUUCCUGCGUUUCGUCGAGGCCUCGGCAGUGCUCUCUGCCCGGCAGAACGUGGCCUACCACGUGGUGUACCGCGAGGGUCCCCUCUACCCCGUCAACCAGCUGCGGAACGUGGCCUUGGCCCAGGCCCUCACGCCUUACGUCUUCCUCAGCGACAUUGACUUCCUGCCUGCCUAUUCCCUCUACGACGACCUCAGGGCCUCCAUUGAGCAGCUGAAGCUGGGCAGCGAGCGGAGAGCGGCUCUGGUAGUGCCGGCGUUUGAGACCCUGCACUACCGCUUCAGCUUCCCCAGUUCCAAGGCCGAAGUGCUGGCCUUGCUGGACUCCGGCUCGCUCUACACCUUCCGGAAUAUGAGCUCCUGGUGCUGCCCGAGGCCUUCACCGUUCACCUGCCACACGGCCCAAGCCUGGACAUCUCUCACUUCCGCUCCAGCCCCACCUAUCGCGACUGCCUCCAGGCCAUCAAGGAUGAGUUCCACCAGGACUUGUCCCGUCGCUAUGGGGCCGCUGCCCUGAAAUACCUCACUGCCCUGCGGCAGCCCCGAAGCCCCGCCUGACCUGACUCUGGCCAUUAUGGAGUAUGGGGCGGGCUUGGGAGAGCUGUCCCAGAAGAGCUGCGGCGACAAGCGCCUGCCUCCCUCCUGUGGGCCAGGCACGUGAUGGGCCAAGAUCUCCGAUGAGGGCACACACCUGACAAAAU